UAAAAAAGAGUGGGACAUUUGAGGAGAGAGAGAGGUAGAGGAUGAGCACUCACAUCCUCUGUUUUCACCUUAUUCCAAAAAACAAUAAUAUUAAUAUUAAUAACUAUAUAGCUAUGCACACCCAUUUUUAGAUCUCUUGUUAUAGUUUCUAACAAUUUCCCAAUUUGGCUUUUUUUUUAAAUCUUGAAAAAUAAUAUGUUCAUCAAUCUUUAUAAAUGACACAUUGGAUUGUUUUAUGAUUGAUGGUACUAGGAUCCAUGUUCUUGGAUUGAAUCCAACACUUGCCACUUGCUGUCUGAUCAGUUUAUUCCCACCUGAUUUUUGCUAGAUAAGAAAUGAUGGAGUCGGAUCUUGGUAAGCUAUUCAUAGGUGGGAUUUCUUGGGACACGGAUGAGGAUCGUCUUAAAGAAUAUUUCGGCUCAUAUGGAGAAGUGGUAGAAGCUGUGAUCAUGAGAGAUCGUAAUACUGGUCGUGCUCGUGGUUUUGGUUUUGUUGUCUUUGCCGAUCCUGCUGUUGCUGAAAGAGUAGUUAAGGAGAAGCAUAUGAUUGAUGGACGAACGGUUGAGGCAAAGAAGGCUGUUCCUAGGGAUGAUCAACAAAUAAUAAAUAGAAACAAUAGCAGCAUUCAAGGAUCUCCAGGUCCUGGACGCACAAAAAAGAUAUUUGUAGGAGGCUUAGCGUCUACUGUUACGGAGAGUGAUUUUAAGGCAUACUUUGAUCAGUUUGGUACAAUUACGGAUGUUGUAGUGAUGUAUGACCAUAAUACUCAGAGACCAAGAGGGUUUGGGUUUAUAACUUAUGAUUCCGAGGAUGCAGUUGAUAGGACAUUGUAUAAGACUUUUCAUGAACUAAAUGGUAAAAUGGUUGAAGUAAAGCGCGCUGUACCAAAGGAGCUAUCUCCAGCACCCAACCGCAGCCCUCUCAUGGGAUACAAUUACGGACUUAAUAGAGCCAACAACUUCCUCAACAACUAUGCUGCUCAGGGAUAUAAUCUAGCAUCGGUUGGAGGAUAUGGGGUCAGGAUGGAUGGCAGGUUUAGUCCAGUUGGCGGUGGUCGUGCCGGUUUCUCUCAGUUUGCUUCUCCUGCUUAUGGAAUGGGUGUCAAUUUGGACCCGGCUUUGAGCCCCACCUUUGCAGGAGCUUCCAACUUUAGCAAUAAUCUUGGUUAUGGGCGAAUACUAAACCCAUAUUUCGGUGCAAAUUCAAGCAGAUACACUACUCCUAUUGGAUAUAGCACAAGCAGCAAUAGAGGGGAUUCUUUUCUUAGUUCCCCAACGAGGAAUUUAUGGGGAAAUAUUGGCCUCAACGCUUCAGCAAGUUCUGGUGGUCCAGGUUCAUUUGUGGGAUCUGGAAGUGGAAAUUAUGGCGUCUUUGGGAAUAACAUUGCUAAUUGGGGCUCUCUUAUUUCUGCUCCGGCCGGUAAUUCUUCUGGAUAUGGUGGUGCGAAUUUCAGGAGUGGGGAAAAUAAUUAUGGGCUGGGAUCUGGAGGACUUGGAAGAAACAAUGCAGCAGGUGCUCCUACAACUUCAUCGUUUACAGCAUCAACUGGUGCUUAUGAGGGGUCUUACGGAGAUCAAUUCCGCGGUGCUUCAGUGUAUGGUGAUCGAACUUGGCAAGGUGUGUCUUCUGAUGCAGACGCUUCUGGUUCAUUUGAAUAUGGUCUUGGAAAUCCAGCAGAUGUUUCAGCUAAAGAUUCUGAGGAUUAUAUCGGAAACUAUAGCCUUGCGAAUAGACAAUCAAAUAGAGGAAUUGCAGCAUAGGAGAUUUCGUUACUUGGAUAUCUGAAGAUACUUAGGAGAACAGACGUAAAAGAAGAGAAGUGGAAGUCGAUAAUUAUAGUACCCCUCACAAUAUAUAUAUCUAUAUAUACGUUUGGAUAUAAGAAAACUGAUCUAUAGAGCUAGCGAGGCGCUUGUCUGAAAGAGUGAGUAUACAUAUCCAGAGUGAGCUGUUUCAAAGUAUCAAUAUAGUAAAAGCAAUAUAGGCUCUUUUCUUUCAGCACUCGAUCGAGAUGUAUAUCAGAUUGCAAGGUAUACAUGAUACCGUCUAUUGUAGUUCAUGUGUUCGUUCAUCCCGCGAUAAGACCAGUACCUCUGGUACUAUGUUGAGAGUUAGACUUAUCAUUUUUUUUAUUCUUUUUUUUUUUCUCGUUUUAGCGCUUCGUUUCGCUGUAGUGACCGGCGAAGUUGCUGGUGUUUGUUCUUAUAGUUUUCCCUCUUUUUUCUGGGAUUUGCGUUUCAUUCGGGUUGUAUGUGAGUUCAUGUUUGAUUUACUAGUGUGAAACAAUUGGGAAUAAGUAUUGAAUAUUCUGAUUCAUUUGAUACUGCAGAUUUUGUAAACAGUAUAUUUGAAGCUUUUAUGUUUGUGUAUGGGACUAUAUUGCACAUGAAAAAUGUUUUCUCC